AUGGGUCGAUCGGCGAAAAGAGAAACCGUGAACACUGAUAAACGAGCAAGUAUUCAACCAUUUGAUGUCGUCACCAAUCCGUUUCCACGAUUCCGAGCAUGUCAUGCUGCUUUGAGCAAAACUCGUUUGCGAAAACGAAGCUCGUCUGCUGAUGGACCUGUCCAAGCAAAAUUCGCGAACUCAGCCAAAGACUAUUUGGAACGACCGGAACCCGCGAUUCGUUGUAUUUAUCGUAAUUUACUGUUAAAAGAUAAUGUGAUCAUUCAAACCGCGCAGACCACGAAUUGCGUUAUAGAGAUUUUGCUCAGGCAGUUGGCCUUGAUGGGUCAGGAGGUGGAUGGAGCCUUGUUCGACUUGGAAAGUAACACCGAGACUGCGCGUGAGAUAUUUGGACCCAAGUUAGCUCCAGCUUACGAGAAUCUUGUACAGUUAAUUCGUGUUAUUUUACCAGCAGUAACAAAAUGUUCGUUAGCAAGACACACAUUUGUUCAGCUACUCACGCAUUGGAUGUUUGUUUGUCGCAUUCAUCUGCGUAGAAGCUGGUUACUCUGUCAACCAAAGCGUCGUGGUUUAUUCAACGCUCAACGUGAUGUGCUUCCACUGUAUGAGUUGUUAGUCAGACGAACCUACCUUGAUUUCAUGCUCAAAUUCACACAUGGUGAGCUUUAUGAACCAGUCGAAGACGGGCUCAGUGAUAUCCGGGAUAUCCGAGACGCACGACUCAUUUGUCUGUCUGAACAACCAUACUUUCGGAAUCUCGGUUUUCAAUUACGUAUCCGAGUUAUAGAUACCUCUACUUCAGCCAUUCGCCAAGUCAUUCUUUCGUACUGCUUUCUGGCCCCAUUUUGCGUUUAUCUCAAUUUGAGGUUACGUCUACGGCUGACCGAUUUAAUCAUCAACCGGAUGGGUCUAAUUCAAUGGUAUCGUGCUCCAAUGCAUAAACUGCAGUUUGAAAUCUAUUGGACUUGGAAUACGAUUGUCCUCUUUGAACAACGUCUUCAUACUCUCUGUCAACAAAUUGCAAAAGAAUUAGCUCAUUGGGAUAUGCCAUUCCCGUUGGAGUAUCUGUGA